UUUAUUAGAUUUCGUGCAUGUUUUCACACUCAACUGUAGUAAGCUAUUAAAACAAUGCCCUUUCUGUUUGCACUGCAUCAGAUCUUUAUUUUAACUCAUUCAAAUGAGACCUUUGAUGAAAGUAAGCUCUUGAUGUUCAUUCAGAGGUUGCAGGGCCUGUAAAAAAAAUCAAAGAAGAUGUUCAGCACGCAACAGCAGCUCUGCUCUGGUAAAAUACCGACCUAUUUUUCCAUGAAUUAUUUCUUAUUGCGGUUCACUCCCACGACCACGGAGCGUCUGCACGAGAACGAGCCAACACUGUCGGGCGCGCGCAGCAGUCAUGCCUCAUCCGUCGCUCGCCUCGUCAGUGUUGGAAAACAGAAGAAGAAUUUUGCCUUUCAGCUAAAAUAAACCGUUUUAUUUUAGUUCUCGUGCUAUCGCUCGACCGCCCGCUUCGUGGAAAAGAAAGUGACAUAUUUUGCCAAACUACUCGAUAAUUUAUCUCCCCCCCCCUCCACAGUCAGCGAGACAAAAGAGGGCAAUAAGAUAAAAGAGGAGUGCAGCUGUGGUGAUGUGCCGUUUCGGGUUCUCAUCCUUCAUUUCGCAGGUCAUUCCUCUAACCUGAUGCUGUUGAUACUCCCGACGCUGUUCAGUUCAGGGAUGGAAAUGCUUUGGAAGCCACUUCAACGGACCUGAAGCCAUGACCGACAGAGUCUUCAUCCCCCGGAAACAACGAGCAGUCAGGAGCCUCAACAUUUCGUGAAAGCUUUAGGACUGUAAGGGAACUGGCCCCGCUCUGCCAUCCUCCUCCUCUAACAUCACACUGCGUUGCACCACAGUCAUGUCCUUUCCCCACUGUGCCCGACCCAUGGAGAGUGCACACCCACCCAGAUAGGAUGCCUGCUCUGCUUGAUACCCUGCAUCCCCUCCUGCCCAUUACCACCUCCUCCUUCUCCUUGUGUGUACCUGCUCUUGCCAACAGUUCCUUGCGGCCCCCCAGGCUCCACCCUGCCUCGUUACAACAUGGUGGAUGAUUUAACCACCAUGAAGGAUGAUGUCAUCAACGCCAACACGCUGGCUUGGCUGGUCUGUUCGGGCGUGUCCAUCCUUGCCAACACUUGGAGUAUCCUUAGUGUCAGUGCCAAGCAGAAGAAGUGGAAGCCGCUGGAGUUUCUCAUCUGCACCUUGGCGGGCACACAUAUCCUCAACAUGGCCAUCCCCAUUACCAUGUACUGUGUCAUAACACUGCGGCGUCAGCACUCCAACUACGAGUGGAAUGAGGGUCUGUGCAAAGUGUUUGUGUCUACCUUCUAUACUCUCACACUGGUCACCUGCUUUUCGGUCACCUCACUCUCCUAUCACCGCAUGUGGAUGGUUCGCUGGCCUGUAAACUACAGGCUAAGUAACACAAAGAAGCAGGCAGUACACACAGUGAUGGGUAUCUGGAUGGUCUCCUUCAUCCUGUCCACACUUCCAGCAGUGGGUUGGCAUGACACGAUCGACCGCUUCUACACCUCUGACUGCCGGUUCAUUGUGACAGAGAUUGGCCUGGGCUUCGGAGUCUGCUUUCUGCUCCUAAUCGGUGGCAGUGUGACCAUGGGUGUGAUCUGCAUCGGCAUCGCUCUCUUUCAGACCUUCUCGAUUCAGGCAGGUCACAAUGCUGAUAAGAACAAGUUUAAUGUUCCCACCAUAGUGGUGGAGGAUGCUCAGGGAAAACGCAGGUCAUCCAUCGAUGGAUCAGAACCUCUUAAGACGUCGCUACAAAUCACCUACCUGAUCAGUGGUAUUGUCUUCAUCUAUGACUUCCUGACUGGCUUCCCCAUACUGGUGGUGAGCUUUGCUAGCCUGAAGUUUGACCGCUCCUAUAACUGGAUGGUUUUGUGUGUGCUGUGGUGCUCCAUUGCCCAGUCCAUCCUGCUGCCAAUGUUCCUCUGGGCAUGCGACCGCUAUCGGGCCGACAUCCGCAUGGUGUGGGAGAAAUGUGUCGCCAUCAUGUCCAACGACGAUGUGGAUGAGGAAAACAGCCAAGACGGAGGAAUUCAUGCCGACUUAAUAUAUGACAGACCAUAUGACUAUAGCUCGGCGCCUGAAAUCGUGACGAUAGACCGUAAUGCCAAGUAUGAGUUCUCAACCUUAGAAAGGGGGGUUCUGCAAGGGUAUCCAUUGAGGGAACAACAGGAAGAUAAAAUGCAGUAUUUGCAGGUGCCCCCUACAAGAAGAUACUCCCACGACGAAACCGACAUGUGGACCUGCGAGCGGAUCCCCUCAUACCUGCACAGAUGGGGCUCCACCGAGGACAUGAUAGUGAGUGCCCAUUACAGCUCCACCUUGCCGCGCCGCGAGAGGCGCAGGAGCAGCCUGGUCUCCUACCACGAGGAGAACCACCGACACCAUCACCCUCACCGCAAGCGGCGACGCUCUGAGGAUAGCAUGCACUCUCUCAGGCAUCUGCCCCGUGUGGUUUGUGGCGGGGAGCAUUACGAGGAUGAACUGCGGUGUUUCAGCCGCGACGAAGUGAUAAACUUUAUAGACGAGACGCCGCUGCCGAGCCCCAGAAAGAGCCCGAGACGUGCGUCCACCAUCUCACUUAUCCCUAAUGUGUAUGAACAGCACACAGUCCUUCCCCACUUUCCACUCACAGACUUUGAGCGUGAGCCUCAAGUGCUCAGGCGGUUGUCAGAACACAAAAGAAGCAGUAGUAGGGUCCACUCACCUGAGGGUUCACCCAAACCAGACAGACCUGCGGGAAAGAAGAGUCCUGGGGCUUGUGGUUCUGGGAAAGGCUGUCGAGAGCGCCAGCGAGAUGGGAAACAGCAAGGGGAAAUGGGCUCGUCUGGGUGCAGCCGACAGUCUCCAGGGCACUCUGGCUUUAGGCCCAGGACAGGAGGUGGUGCUGGGACUGGUGCUGGAGCUGAAUGGGUACAACAGAAGCAUCUGAGCAAGGCUGAGAGUAAAGGAAGCACAAACAGUUUUGCAAGCACACCCUCGGCAUCAUCCUCGGGAUAUAUCACCUUUCGGUCUGAUUCUGUAGGUUCUACCAUGUAAAAGACUUUUUCCUUAUUUAUAUCAACAUCAUUACUGAAUCAUAACGAAAACCACUGGAAUAUUGGUGGUAACGGAAAAGUGACUUACUGGAAUAUUCCGGCCUUUUUACUCAUGCCACACUUCUGUUUAACUAUAUACCACCAAUAAAUAUCUGUUAUGCUAAAUGGCCUUGGACACAAUGUUUGAAUGGGCCUGUUGAUUUAUUAUGUAGGCUAGUUAAAAAGUUUUCAACUUUUACAUCACAGAGUAUCCACUGAGGACAUUUUUCCCAUCACUGAUGCAGAGAAAUAGUUUUUAAACCAUGUGAACAUCCUCUAACUCAGAUUUUGGUGUUUUUUGAUCUUCAAAGAAUUGGAAGAGGUUGGUUUUUUUUCAUGGUGGUGUUUCUUUAUGUUUGUCACUCAAAA